AUGACACCAUUGAAGAGGGGAUGGAGAAAAGAAUUUAAGGUAGAUGCAUUUGAUGAAUUGCCACAUUAUGCUUUGUUAAAGGAACUGUUAAUUCAGAUCUUUUGUACACCCCGGUAUCAUCCCAAAAGUCAGCCAUUUGUGGACCAUGUGUUUACUUUCACCAUUCUGGAUAACAGGAUAUGGUUUCGGAACUUUCAGAUCAUCGAGGAAGAUGCUGCUCUUGUAGAAAUAGGACCUUGUUUUGUCUUAAAUCUCAUAAAGAUUUUCAAAGGAAGCUUUGGAGGACCAACUCUGUACGAAAAUCCUCACUACCAGUCACCAAACUUGCAUCGCCGUAUCAUAAGAUCCAUCACAGCUGCAAAAUACAGAGAGAAGCAGCAAGUGAAAGACGUGCAGAAGCUGAGAAAGAAAGAGCCUAAGACAGUGCUUCCACACGACCCCACUGCAGAUGUUUUCGCUACGCCUGCUGAGGAGAAACCGGUAGAAAUCGAGUGGGUAAAACCAGAGCCGAAGGUUGACUUGAAAGCAAGGAAGAAAAGGGUGUACAAACGGCAAAGAAAAAUGAGGCAGAAGCUGAGUGCUGGGAAUGCAAAAUGA